AAACUUGAAAGCGGGUUUUUGCUGCUGGUUAAACAUAUUGAAAAGAAAAAAAAAGUAAUAAAUAAAACUCGCUUCGUGUUUUUUUUUUAUCAUGAGUGUGACUUAAAAAAAAGCGACUUUGCUUUGGAAUACAAGUGAUAACUUGUUUGCAUGAAACAAAGUGUGAGAAAAUAAACAUUUACUUUGAAUAUUUGUAACAAGUUUUCCUACACACAUAGAAAGAGAGAAGGAAUACUCUUCUUCCCGCACAAUAAUGCUUGGCAGAAUAUUUCAGCCGAAAAAUUGAUUUCCCUCCUCUUUAUCAUUUAUUUCCGCUCAUCUCUCUUUUCCUUCUUUUUCUCUCUCUUUUUCUUCUCUCUCUUUGUUCAUAUGUUGGACUACUAUAUUCAAGAAAACAACCGUGCAACUAUCCAAGACAACCGUCUUAUUGCCUCUGAACUUAUCAAGCCAGGCACCACUAUUUUAGUCGAACAACCACUCUCGUCUGUUCCAUUACCAUCCAAAAGGCACCAACGCUGUAAUUAUUGUCUAAGAAAAGCACAACUUCAAUGUUGCUCACGAUGCAGAUCCGCUUAUUUCUGCAGCAAUGAAUGCUUCCGCAAUGCUUGGCUUCAUUUCCAUCGAGUGCUUUGUGAACCACAAGUGACUGAUAUCUAUAAAAAUGUAGAUGCGGAUCGAUGGUUACUGGAAAGAACUGCUCUGACGCUACACAGUCACGCUCGUCUGAAUAAGCAACAAUCCCAUUCUCCGCCUCAUUUGCCCUUUGCCAUACAAGCCCUUCAUCAGUUACACACAUCAAGUAGCACAGCUAUUCAUACGGUACAGGAUGUGGUAGAGUUUUUGAAACCUUUUGAUUGUCAGAUAUCCCAUGAGGACUUGGGUGAUCUUUGGCGUCGUAUUCAAGUCUGCAGCUUUCCUAUACAAGAUCCCGAGCACUAUUUAGACCAAGUGGCAGUAGGUGUCUAUCCAGUGACAGCCUUAUUAGUGUCUCAUUCGUGCCGCCCUAAUGCAGCAUUAAUACAUAAAAAAGGUACACAGUAUGUGAUUGCAAUAGAAGAUAUUUCACCUGGAGAACCCAUCACCAUCUCUUAUGUGGAUCUGAUUAGCACAAAAGCAACAAGAACAUCAUCUUUGAAAGAGCGAUUCGGACAAGCAUUUGAAUGCCAUUGCAUACGCUGUGAAGGAGAACUUUGUUCAGUUGAUCAUGCACUAGAAAAAGGCGAGCUAUUAGGCCUUUCUCAGCAAAAUGCGAUUGACCUUGUAUCAGAGCAGAUCAAGACAUGGUCGGUUUUGGAAAUGAUGCAACAUGCAGAAACGAGAGAAAAAGACAGUUGGUCACCUAUUCAAGUGUUACAAUUACCCGAAUUUACUCACUUUGUCAGCAGAAUUGCUGCCCCUGAUAUUUAUUACGCUUCUAUUGACAGCAAAAAAAACACACUACCAGAUAGCACAUACAAACUGUUUGUCAAAAAAGAUCGAGCACAGUCAUUGCAGCGUAUACCUGUUGCUAUUAUGGCUAUUAUGAAUGUUCCUCAAGUACCUGCGUUUACUAUUAAUACCAUUCUUGCAGCUCAAGAAGUCAUGAAGAAAAGAAUUAUGGCAGGUCGUUGGGUAGAAACCUCUCGAUGUGCCUUGUAUUUGUAUACUGCGUAUCGAUUCAUAUAUCCUCUUUGGCAUCCUAAAAUGACAUACCAUACCCUUGUGUUGGCUAGAUCAGCAUGGAAUGCACUGGUUGAAAUGGAAUUGAUUGGUGUUGAACGCAAGUUAGAGAGAAUAUAUGCCAAUGGUACUCGUACUUGGAUUGAACUAGCUAAAAAUGCUGUUGAUAUUACAUUUGGAAGAGACUGUACCUUAUGGAGAGAUGUUGUAGAGCUUCAAUGGGUCUAUGAGCGUGAGCGUAAAGUAAAGGGUACUGUUUAAUCAUAAUAAAUGUCUAUUUUGUGUGUGUGUGUGUGUG